UCUCCACCUUCGCUUCCAUCGCCUAGACAUAUUCCCUCGUUCAGUGCUUAUAGCGGUAUUCGAUACAGCUAGACACAUCGUUCAAACCAGCCCUCAGACUCAAUUCAAUCCAGCAUUUAGGAUUCCUUUCCGCGAAUCUUCAUAACCCUCGACACCCCGCUUCCGACAGCAUAAGAGUACAUAGCUCUUCUGCCGACCGUCCUUUCAUCGUGAUUCUCAGCGACAGCUUCCUUACCAGCACCCCAUUCACCAGGGACUCUGCUGACGACUUGACUGACAAGUUUCUUGAAGUCUCUUCCUUAUUCAUGAGCUUCAACUACGAAUCCCCACCGUAUCCCCAGGGCUCCGACGUGUCCAGUUCCAUGGAGUAUAUGGAGCCGCCCGUCGGCUACUUUUCGGCCCCAGCGCAGUACUCUGUUCCCGCGGACCAGAACGAUCAGAUGGGCUAUGUCUACGCUCCCCCGGGUUACCAGAUGCCCGUGGCAGACGUUCCGGCCUCCAACACCCUGCAGGUUUACUUCCCCAAUUCUGACUUUACCAGCUUCCAUUCAGACACCCCUCCCACGAGCACUGGUUUGUCCUUUGCGACUCCCUUGAACACGCCUGGCUACCACCAUGCGUUUGAUCCUAACGACGCCUCUGCAUACCCCCAAACCCUUCUCGCGUCGCCUUUCAACCAAUCGCAGACAUUCCAGCCCCCAUUCCAAAUGUUUGUUCCCCAGCAAAACAUAGUGCACUACCCAUCCGCUGGUCCGGAAUUUGUGCAAUACGAUACACCUGCUAUGGAGUACCAGCCUGAAUCGUUCCAGUUCCAGGCUACUCCCCUUCAAGCAGACUCCAAGACGUUCGACAAGUCGAUAGCGAAACGGUGCAAAGUGGUGCGAGGCAUUUCUUCCGGAGGCAGCGCCACCAGGCCGCCAAAGGCGGUGCCAGGCAAUAAUUCGACCUACCUUCCAGUGAGCUUGCAGUUGAACGACGCUUCCGUGGAGGAAUUGUGUUACCCCAACUGGAACCAGAGUGAGAUAGCUGAUGCCAGAAGAAUUAUCCGCAUUGAACGUUUCCAGUAUGGGUUCCACAUUGGUGCUAAUUUCUCCAUUGUGGGCUCGGCCGAAGAGAACCCGGAAACAAAGCCAGCACCGCCCGGAGCGGAUGUGCUUGAGGUUUCCUGUUUGGAGUGUUAUGUAUCACCUCGUGAGGAGCUGGAAGAUGCAGGUGACCUCCAGGCAAUGCUGGCACAAAGUGACAUUAAGCGCAAACGGUACUACAUCACGUCUGUGGAGGUGAUCAAGAUUGUGGAGUUGUUGAUAGGCAGUCGUGACCAGGAUGCCGCCGAUAAGCGGAAGGAAAGAGGCCGGAUCCGGUCCAAUUUGGUCCCCUUCUGGUCCCGUAGACCCAUAUCCUCCCGCAGCCACCACUCCUCCACCCCCAUGAGUUAUACCUCCUCUCCAGAAUCCUAUACUCCAGCACAGCUCAACCAGGCAGACUUUAGGGUCGAAAUGGCCAAGCGUAUUAUGGGCUACGAGCACAGAAAGCCACGGGGCUUUGACAAGGAGGUGCGAAUUUUGAGGUGGGAGAAAUUGGGGCCUGCGUUGAUGCGGGCACUCCAAUGCUACUACGCCGAAAUCCCCAUGGAGGAUUUUCUCUGAGUCCAUUGUGGGACCUAGAAGAGGUCUACGGAUAGAUGAGCCUUUGGCUGUGGCUUCUACAUUUUUUAGAUAAUAUAUCAGGAUCUUGCAAGACGAUAA